AUGCUCUCGUUCGAGCAUCGCCUCGCCCCACUUGGGUACACACGCGUCGCAUACGGCGUGGUUGGUGAUCUUGUUGCAUACAAAUUUUUUCACGGACCACUCCCGAAAUUGGAAUUCAACCUAGCAGCGUUCGUGGAAGAUUUGACCACUCACAUCAACGAACUUGGACUUGGAGAUUAUUUGUGCCUUCUACUCCGCGAGGAUACGCCUUUGAAUGGAGUCGAAUUCGACCUUGGUGAAGUCGGCACAGUGCUCAUUCCGGAGGCCGCAGCAAAGUAUGGGCAGCUCACGCAUACCACUGCUUGGGCAUUCGGGACCAAUGACAAGGGAAUUACCACCCUCAAAGGGCAGACCAAGCAUGCGAAUACUACCAAGGGAACUCACCGAGUGUUUGUGGACUCCAAAGCUGACACACAACCCGCUCUCGUCAACUUCCUACGCCAGGAUAGCCUUGUUCCGCCCAAUCCUCUGGUCCCUUUCUCUGGCUCAAUUCAGAGCUGGGAUUGCGUUGAUGUCGACAGGGCAGCUCCCUAA